AUGGUUGCAAUAACCGAUCCAGAAUUCAGCAAAAUGUCGUGGAUGGACAGCUGGUCCCGGCCUAGCAAGCACGCCGUCACCCCACCACCUCUCUACCUCACCGUCGGCGACACGGUACCCUAUUGCCACAGCUGUGGUCGUGUAAUCGGCGAACGACGCAAGACUCAAAACGCCACAGAAGUGAAGUACUGUUCAGCAAGAUGUCGGAACACCAAACCCGGCCCUGUUGACCGGAAGAUCGAAGCAACGUUCGCUGCACUCCUCAAUGGCGCGUCUCCAGAGUCCUUGAAAGAGAGUGCCGGUGCUGAGCCAGUGAAAAGCAGCACCGGCACAGCAAACACUGAGAAUAUCCACGAAGACAUCAAGGGAGCCAAAGGCGAGAAGAAGCACAAAAAGAAGACUUCCAAAACCAUCAAAGGCGACCACCGAAUAAUCAUCGAAUGCAGCACAGUAGAAGAAAUCGUAUUUCAGCGCGAAAAGGACCCCGAAAAGGUCUACGGACGCCGUAAAAAUCGCAAAGCACGCUUCGUAGUAGAAAAGCCUGAAGACUGGAGGUCCGUAGACAUGGUCGACGGCCCCGCACCUACACCAACAGCAGCAGCAACAUCUCGGGACUCACCUGAUGCCUCCAGUGAAGAAGACGUGUCAGACUCCGAUGGCGAAGCUGAAGGCGGGAUCGUUCUAGAACCUAAUCAAACAGACCCGCAAGACCUUCCCGACAUAGUCGAGUACGGCUACGGCUCCGGCAAGGUCCGCCCACCACAAUCUCAAAACGAUGUCAAUGGCUCUGUCGGUGGGGAAAAGGGCUGGGCGGAGCGUAUUGAGGAGACGGAUGAAAUGAAGUUGAAGCGACGGGAGGGUCAGAGGAAAGCUGAUGAGAGGGAAAUGGUGCGUAAAGCGGCGAGGAGGGGGUGUGCGUUUGGUUUUGCGGUGCCGGACGAAACGGAGAAGAGGAAGUGCGAGGCGGUUAUGAAAGGGGUUGUUGUCGAGGCGAGCUUCGCCAAGGGGGAAUGGGGGGUUAGGUGGAGAGAGAGGAUAUAA